AGCCGCUCCAAACUCAGGUGCGCGUGGCGGUGACGGAGACCGUGAAGCUGCGGCGAACUUCAUAGAAGAAGCAGCGUGGCCGUGCAGCAGCAGCAGCAGUGUUUCCAGGGCGGCUGUCGGUGGAUGAUCAGCAAACAGACCCAGCUCUGCUUCCAGGCCCAAACUCACUCUGUCCAGCAUGCUGAGCCAGGACUUCCUGCAGAAGAUGAAGCUCUUAGAUCUGGAAGGUGUCAGCCAGUACAUCAGCGCCGUCUCCACGCCGAUGCUGGUCAGCGUGGGAGCGGUGGCCGCCGCCACCACCUACUACCUGGCUACGCGACCCAAAGCCCCCCCACCUCUCUGUGACCUGGAGAUGCAGUCCGUCGAGGUUCCGGGCAGUGACUUUGUGCAUCGCUCUGUGCUUCACGAAGGAGACGGUUUCCUGACUCACCUCUAUGAAGAUGCCAGAACUAUGUAUGAGUCCGUCCUCAGAGGAGCGCGAGUCUCCAAUAACGGCCCCUGUUUGGGCUUCCGGAAGCCGGAGCAGCCAUAUGAAUGGAUGUCCUACAAAGAGGUGAUGAAGCGAGCAGAAAAUCUGGGUUCAGCAUUUCUUCUCAAAGGACACUCAAAGACCACCGACCCCAACAUUGGUAUUUUCUCCCAGAACAGAGCAGAGUGGACCAUCAGUGAGCUGGCCUGCUACACCUACUCUCUGGUGUCCGUCCCUCUAUACGACACACUGGGAACAGAGGCCAUCUCCUACAUCAUUGAAAAAGCCUCCCUCUCCACGGUGGUGUGUGACGUUGAGGACAAAGCUAAUCUGGUGCUGGACUGCAUCAAAGACAUGGAGCACUCCCUGAAGACCAUCGUUCUGAUGGAGACCCCCAGCGCCAGCCUGGUGGACAGAGGCCAGCAGGCGGGGGUCCAGAUCCUGAGUCUGCGGGAGAUGGAGGCCCUCGGAGAGGCCAACUAUCACAUUCCAGUUCCCCCCCAGCCUGAUGACAUGGCGGUGGUCUGCUUCACCAGUGGAACCACAGGAAGCCCCAAAGGAGCCAUGCUGACUCAUGGGAACAUCGUGUCCAACUGCUCCUCCUUCAUCAAACUGACCCAGGUCAGCUGUCCGCUGAGUCCCAGCGACGUCCAUAUCUCCUACCUCCCUUUGGCUCACAUGUUUGAAAGAGUGGUCCAGGGGAUCAUGUUCGUGCAAGGAGCCAGAAUCGGAUUUUUCCAGGGAGACAUUCGCCGUCUGUCAGACGAUCUGAUAGCGCUGAGGCCUACGGUGUUCCCCGUCGUACCCAGACUCCUCAACCGGAUGCAUGAUAAGAUCUUUGGGCAGGCCAACACCUCUGUGAAGCGCUGGCUGCUGGAGCUGGCCUACAGGAGGAAGCAUGCGGAGCUCAUGAGAGGCAUCGUACGGACAGACAGCAUCUGGGAUCAGCUCAUCUUCAGGAAGGUUCAGGCCACCCUGGGAGGCCGCGUUCGCCUCAUGGUCACCGGAGCGGCUCCCAUCUCUCCUGCUGUCCUCUCCUUCCUCAGAGCUGCUGUGGGCUGUCAGUUCUAUGAAGGCUAUGGGCAGACGGAGUGCACAGCUGGAUGCACCAUGACCCUCCCUGGAGACGGGACUGCGGGCCACGUGGGGGCUCCUCUGCCCUGUAACUCCAUCAAACUGGUGGACGUCCCAGAGAUGAAGUACCUGGCUGUAAACGGGGAGGGAGAGGUGUGUGUGAAGGGAGCUAACGUUUUCCAGGGCUAUCUGAAGGACCCCGAGAGGACUGCAGAGACUCUGGAUGCAGACGGAUGGCUGCACACCGGAGACAUCGGGAAGUGGCUCCCUAACGGCACGCUGAUGAUCGUCGACAGGAAGAAGCACAUUUUCAAGCUGGCGCAGGGGGAGUACAUCGCUCCUGAGAAGAUCGAGAACAUCUACAGCCGGAGUGAUGCGGUGGCGCAGGUCUUUGUGCACGGAGACAGUCUGCAGGCCUGUCUGGUGGCUGUGGUGGUUCCUGACCCGGACUUCCUGUGCGGCUGGGCCAAGAGGACGCUGGGGCUGCAGGGAAGCUACGAGGAGCUCUGCAGCAAAGCGGAGGUCAAGGCGGCCAUCUUGGAGGACAUAGUACGGCUUGGCAAAGAGGGAGGCCUGAAAUCCUUUGAACAGGUUAAGGCCAUCCACAUCCACACAGAGAUGUUCUCCAUCGAGAACGGCCUGCUCACCCCGACCAUGAAGGCCAAGAGGAACGAGAUGCGGCAGUGCUUCAGGUCCCAGAUAGACCAGCUGUACGCCACCAUCAGCAUGUAGAAGGAUGGCCUCGCUUUUGCAUGAGGGGGCAAUGAAUGGAGGAGAACGAAUGUGAUAAUGCGUUGAGGCUGUCAUUCUGCCGCUGCGACACGACAAACAGGCAGAGCAGGCUAACACGUAGCUUAGAGCGUCUUUAAAAGUUGGAUUUCUGAAGCUCAGAGUCCAGACGGGUCUUUGAUCAAACCUACCAAACUGAUCUGUAUGAUUUAACAGAAUCCAAUCUGCUCCAAUCUGGGAGUCUUGAAGGGAAACCAGCCAUAUUUCUUACCUUUUUGUAAACAGUUUUUAUGUCUACAUCAGAUGACACUGAGCUCACUGUGACUGUAUGAAUAAGCUCGGUAGCUGCUGAACUGGACGCCCAGCUGGGUCUGAUCCACAACUCAGGUGCCUACAGGAAUAGAACAGGAAAUCUGUCCAAGUUUUAAUUUAUUUUUUAAUACAAGAGGAAAAUAUUUGUCAGAGGAAUUCUUCUCAAUUAAUGUUUUUAUGAUGAAAUGUUAAUCAGCUGGUUGUUUUGUAAAAGAUUUAAUUAAAGGCAUCUAAAAUGAUC